AUGGCACAGUCAAAUUAUAAUAUUAAGGAUGUGUAUAAAGAAAUUAGUACGGUCGAUGGCUAUUUUUAUAUGACGGAGGAAGGUGUAUUUAGAGUUGAUGAAAAAUACGCAAAAUCAAUCCAGUAUUAUUGUCAUUACGAGAAUCGAUCAGCAAAUGGUAAUUGUGGUAAUGAUUAUUUUCAAUUGACUAGUUUUGGUGUUAUUGAUUUGCUAAAAAAUUUAAAGAAUAAAUAUGAUUUAGAAGAUGAUAAACUUGGCGAAUACAUUAUUUUAUGGUUAAGUUAUAAACUAAAUAUAAAGCAAAGAGAUAAAUUGACCGAUUUAAACGAAUUUUAUACUAAGUAUAUAGAAAAAAAUAAGUAUUAUAAUAAGAAAAUAAAUGGUGAUGGUAAUAGUAUGACUUAUAAGAAAAUUAUAGAUAAAAUAAAAGAUUUGAUGAAUAUUAAAGAAAUAUCUAAAUUUAAUGAUCCAUUUGGUAUAUUAUUAUUAUUUUAUUAUUUAAUUAACAUAAAUAAGUUAGAUUGCACAAUUGAUUCGAAUAAUGCUAAUGAAUUUGUUCAAAAAUUUGAAGAACUCAAUAAUGAUUCUAAUAUUAAUGGAAAUCCUUCAUACAGCAAGUUAUUGUCUACAUUAUCAAAUGAUUAUAACAAUUUAAUAAAUAAUUAUGAUAAAAUUAAAUCUUGCAAUUUUCCAUCUAUUUCACAAGUAAAUCUCCCCAACAUUUCUGGAAUAGGUUCUGGAAAAGAUUCUGGAACAGAUUUGGGAACAGAUUUGGGAAAAGAUUCUGGAAAAGAUUCUGGAAAAGAUUCUGGAACAAAUUCUGGAACAGAUUCUGGAACAAAUUCUGAAACAGAUUCUGUAGACAUUCCUGUAAAAGGUUCAGGACCAAUAUUGGGGCAGACUCCUGAAGGUACAUCAUCAAGUUCAUCGAUAUUAAACACAGUAAUUCCAGGUUUAUCGGCAUUUGCAAUACCGGUUUUCUUGGGAGUUGCUUAUAAGUAUUCAUUAUUUGGAAUUGAUAAACUAUUUCAAAGACAAUAUAUAAGAAAAAAAUUAAAAAAAGUAAAGAAGGAAAUGAAACUUAAUAUAUGA